ACACAGAAGUUAACCUAGGCAUGCUAUCAAGGAUAUCCAGGUCCUUGGGGACAGUAGGUUCCAGAUGCAUCAGCACAUCCCAGCCUCUACUCGUACAAAAGCUAGCUGUCAGAGAUGCGCUUAACAUGGCCAUGGACGAAGCAAUCACGCAGGAUGAGACUGCUUUUGUGAUGGGUGAAGAGGUGGCUCAGUAUGAUGGCGCGUACAAAGUGACGCGUGGCUUGUGGAGGAAGCAUGGAGAUAAGAGAGUUAUUGACAUGCCCAUCACAGAGAUGGGUUUUGCUGGAUUUGCUGUCGGCGCAGGCCUGAACGGCUUGAGACCUAUCUGUGAGUUCAUGACGUUCAACUUUGCCCUCCAAGCUAUUGACCACAUCGUUAACUCUGCAGCUAAAUCCCAUUACAUGUCCGCCGGAGUGAUGAAGUGCCCGAUAACUUUCAGAGGACCUAACGGACCUGCAUCUGGGGUGGGAGCCCAACAUUCCCAGUGUUUUGCAUCGUGGUAUGGGAGUGUACCUGGACUCAAGGUAGUGUCCCCGUACUCCGCUGAGGACGCUAAAGGUCUCCUCAAAGCCUGCAUCAUGGACCCUAACCCCUCUGUCUGCUUGGAGAAUGAGAUUAUGUAUGGUACCACAUUUGAUAUGAGCGACGAGGCUAUGGAUCCUAACUUUCAGAUCCCUCUGGGCAAGGCUAAGAUUGAGCGAGAAGGAACACAUUGUACAAUAGUGGCUCACUCAAUCGGUGUUCAAACGGCUCUAACGGCUGCUGAGGAGCUGGCUGGCAUGGGAGUCGAGUGUGAGGUAGUAAACCUGCGCUCAAUCCGCCCCCUGGAUAUGAAUACAGUAACCCAGAGUGUUAUGAAGACUAACAACUUGGUCACAGUGGAGUACGGCUGGCCUUUUGGUGGUGUGGGUAGUGAGAUUAUAGCAGGAAUUAUUGAGGGACCAGCGUUCAACUAUCUGGAUUCAGGCCCAUUACGGUGUACUGGAGCGGAUAUACCGGUCCCUUACGCUAAAUCACUCGAGGAACUUACUUUCCCUAAAGAGUCCAAUGUUGUCAACUCUGUAAAGAAAGUUCUCGGUAUCUAAGCUAAUAAGAGAGCUGGAUAAAUCUAAUUAAUUUAAAGUUAUUAAGAACAGUUCGGAUACUUGAAAACUAUUCGGAAAUACUCGAUGGGAAAAUUAAUUUAUUUUUUCGGGAUCGUUAGUUAGAAAAAUACCUGUGACCAGGUCCCAUACUAACUAGCUAACUAAAGAAAUUAGUUUUAUGUUAAGGUCCUUGAGGACUCUACUUGGUAUUUGAGUUUAUAAAGUUUUCAGAUAUUUUAGCAUUUGUACAAAAUUUCAAUCGGUAUGAUUAAACUUCUAUUUUGAACAUAAUGAAGUAAUUGUAGAGGAAAUGAAGCCUGUUUUGAUAACGAAGCCUGUUUUUGAUAACGAAGCCUGUUUUUAUAACAAAGCCAGCAAUAUAGCUAUAUUUUGAGGAUCGCUGGCACCAUUUGAACUCCUUUCAAAGCUGUGAUGAGCUUUUACCUUGCUAUUAUUCUAUGAUUUAAUUUAAAUUAAGCUAAAUGAUGUCUAACUUAUUGAUAAUUGGAUUUUCUAGCUAUUUAUUUCCUCCGAAUUUGAUGUAGUACUUAUAGCCAAACAUUCCAUCUGAAUUUUAUUUACCACUUUUCAUUCCAUUUGAUGAAAGUUACCGUCUCAA